AACAACCGAACGGGCAUUAUGGGAGAAGAGCGGAAUCGUAGGGGUUUCCGGAUCCCUUUGGAUUGGCCUUGGAGAAAGUGAGAAUAUAAGGGAGUAAAGAAAAGUCAAUCUUUCGUAGCUUAUCAUACGUUUACACUGAGUCUUAAUUUGCCAAGUAGCUGCAGGCAUGUCACAGUCCAGUGAGAAGGGAAAGUUCCCUGAGACAACUGGGUAUGUGGGCUUUGCCAACCUCCCCAAUCAAGUACACAGGAAGUCAGUGAAAAAGGGCUUUGAAUUUACUCUAAUGGUAGUAGGAGAGUCUGGACUGGGUAAGUCUACCCUGAUCAACAGCUUGUUCCUCACUGACCUCUACCCUGAACGCUACAUACCUGGAGCAGCUGAGAAGAUCGAGCGCACGGUGCAGAUCGAGGCCUCGACAGUAGAGAUUGAGGAGAGGGGGGUUAAGCUUCGCCUCACUGUGGUGGACACGCCCGGAUACGGAGACGCCAUCAACAGCCAAGACUGUUUUAAGACAAUCAUCCAGUACAUCGAUAAUCAGUUUGAGCGCUACCUGCACGAUGAGAGUGGCCUGAACCGUAGGCACAUCGUGGACAACAGAGUUCACUGCUGCUUCUAUUUCAUAUCUCCAUUUGGACACGGACUGAAGCCCCUGGAUGUGGAGUUCAUGAAGGCCAUCCACAGCAAAGUGAACAUCGUCCCGGUCAUCGCCAAAGCCGACACCCUGACGCUGCGUGAGCGGGACCGCCUCAAGCGGAGGAUCUUGGACGAGAUCAGCGAGCACGGCAUCCGCAUCUACCAGCUCCCAGACGCCGACUCCGACGAGGACGAGGAGUUCAAAGAGCAGACGCGCGUCCUGAAGGCCAGCGUUCCCUUCGCAGUGAUCGGCUCCAACCAGCUGAUCGAGGUGAAGGGAAAGAAGAUCCGGGGGCGUCUGUACCCGUGGGGCGUCGUGGAGGUGGAGAACCCCGAGCACAACGACUUCCUCAAGCUGCGCACCAUGCUCGUAACCCACAUGCAGGACCUACAGGAGGUGACGCAGGACCUGCACUACGAGAACUUCCGCUCCGAGAGACUGAAGAGGGCAGGCAGAAAGGUGGAGGACGAAGUGCUGGACAAAGAUCAGAUCCUGAUGGAGAAGGAGGCUGAGCUGAGGCGCAUGCAGAAGAUGAUCGCGCAGAUGCAGGCUCAAAUGAAGAUGAAGCCCGGGGACGACUGAGGAGAACGACGCCUGCAUCCCUCCCUCCGGCUGUCUUUGAGCUGCAGCAGGAGGAAGGCGCUCCAUCCUAAGUUACCCCCACCCUUUAGUUUAUAUGUCCUCCUCAAAAGACCAGCUUGCUAGUGUGUAUUUAUUUGUCUGUCCCAAACGGGAUCAUUUCAACCCAUCAUGUUCUGCACAUACUGACUGAUUUACUUUUAACCCAUUUGAUUUGGUUUUUUUUUGUUUUGUUUUUUUUUGCUUUAACCAUAUCUGCAUACUACGCAUGGUGUUAUUCAUGUAUUGCAGUUUCUAACGUGCCUGGAUCAGUCUUGCAUAGCAAACAAUGCCAUGGCCAAAGCGUGGUUAUUGCGGUAGCCGUUAUACAUUACAUGUUUACUUCCGAGCGCCGUGCUGUGGCUGCAUCGUGUAUUUUCUGUGCUGCGCGGUGCCCGUCGCCUGUUUCCAGCUCUCUUUGCCUCAGACAGAUGGUCUGUAACGGGCACUCAUGGCUUUUCUAUGGCUUCACAGUAUAAUAGGCCAUUGCAGCACUAUUUUAUACUCAGAAGAGGGAGUUUACAAGUUUACAGUCAUAUGAACUCCUAAGAGAAUGCAUUUGUGAUAGCCUGGUACAAAGUAGAUGCCAGACGUUUCAGCAAAACUCGUCAUAGUGUGUAUGUGGCUGUGUGUCUGAAACUGCAGCAAUCUGUGCCCUAAAUUCAGUCAUGUGUAACCUACAUCUGCUAAAUUAUCUUGAAUGAAAUGAUGUGACUUAUGGAAAAUGCAUAAAUAUGUUAACAGUUAUAAUCACUGGCAAGCAAGAAACUGAAAUGUCCAUUCAUACAUUACGUGAAAAUGACAAUCAGUCGGUCCUUUUGAAGCUAACAGCUUGUACCACGCAGUGGCUGCCAGUAGAGGGCAGCGUCUCCGUAAAUUCACGACCUAAGCACUGCUCAUUGAAGACUAAAUAUGAUAUUUAGAUAUUUUAGGCAAACUUAAAUAAGACGGGAGGUGAUGAUCUCGAAUAAAAAUGUUUGUUUUAAGCCAGUGUAUCCGCAUCUACUUAAGCAUCACUGCCGGAUUUAACCUUGCUUCGUAAAUCGACUUACUUUUUAGAAGCAAGUCAUUUCCAAGCCUGGCAGUGAGAAGGGUGUCCGGGAUGAAUAGAUCAGAGAGGGGUUUCGGCGCAGGUAGAGCCAUUACCGUCCAUGCACGACACCGCAUCUCCCCGGCACGUCGCUCAUCGUUGGGAAAACGCCGUGUUUUUUCUAAGACUAACCUUUGCUAACGUGGUUUGGUCAUCUCCUGUUUUCAGAUUCAUGCGAAUGUGUUGCAAAGUUGCACGACCACGGUACAUUUGAGCGUAACCCAUUUUUUUAUGCUCGUACUCUUUUUGUAUUCAUUUUGAGAAAUAAAUGUUCAAAGAUUCCGA